GCAAAAAAGAAGAGAGGGUUAUUUAAACGAAUAUUUAAGUUCUCGCGGGAUAUAUUGGGUAGCCUAGCGACGGGACUCUAAUCGCCCAUACCAGCUGUUUUAGUCAGUCGCGUGAGCUUCAUUCUGGCUUUCAAAACUAAAGCUAUAGUUAGCUAGUGCUAAAACCAAAUGAAUGUAUGUUGGUGGAGAGUCAUUUUAAAGUCUGAAAAAACUUCUUAAAUUCGACUGUGAAAAUGGCCACUGUUGUUGCACAGUCUCAUUUCAUCUUCGGUCUGCGGACAGGUGUGAGGAACAAUUUGUGUUUCGUCGAUGAGCAAACGGUCGUUUUCCCCGGUGGAAACAGCUGCGUGUGCUUCAACACCGUCCAGAGAUGUCAGCGGUUCAUUCCAGGCUCGGAGAACAGCCAGGGCAUGCGCGCGCUGGCCAUCAGCGCCAACCGGCGUUACCUGGCGGUGGCGGAGUGUGGCGGGAAUGCCACCGUCACCGUGUUCGACCUGCAGCACGAGCAGGGCAGGAAGAGGAAGGUUCUGACCGCCGGGGACGUGCUCGUGCAAGAGUUCGUGUGCGUGGCUUUCUCCCCGGAUUCCAAGUACCUGAUAGGCCAAACGGGCGGCCCGGACGGGACGCUGGUCUUCUGGCUGUGGGAAAAACAGAAAGUCUUGGCAACGGUGAAGACCGGCAACUCUGUCACCCAGGUCAGCUUCAGUCCUCACGACAACACCCGGCUCUGCGUGAGCGGCUUCGGUGUCUUCAAGCUGCUGCGCUACUCGGAGGGAGCGCUGAAGCAGAGCCGCACCGCGAAGGUGGAGGCCGUCAACUUCCUGUGUCACGCCUGGGUGACGGAGGAGCGGGUGAUCGCCGGAACGGACGCGGGCAGGCUGCUGGUGUUCGAGUCGGGAAACCUGCGGAGAGAGAUCAACGUGGCUACUGAGGCUGCGCAGGAGCAGUGUGACAUCAGGCCAGUGGAGAUGAAGAAGAUCACAGACGCUGACGUGGGCGAAGGUCCUCGCAUCACAGCCAUUCUGUCCUACUCCAAGGGCUUUGCAUGCUCUUUGGGUCCCGGCACCGUCUGUCUCUUUGAAAAGAGCGAGGAGGACGGCUACAGAAGGAGCAGGGAGAUACGGAUCCCAGCAGAACCAUGCAGCAAUGAGCUGACCUCGGCUGAAUGCCAGGAGAUCCACACCAUGUGCAUCAAUCCAGCAGAGGAGACUCUGGCCGUCAGCACAGACAGAGGACAGCUGUACAGCUUCAGCCUCUCCUCUGUGGCGUUCAACAAGGAGGAACAUUUUGAGUUCCUGUCGCAGUCCUUCCACUCUCAGUCCAUCACUGGUUUGUCCGUCUGCAUUAGAAAGCCGCUGGUGGCCACCAGCUCUCUGGACCACUCUGUCCGCAUCUGGAACUAUGAAACAAAGUUGUUGGAGCUGUCCAAGGAGUUCCAGGAGGAGGCGCACAGCGUGGCUCUGCAUCCCACUGGCCUCUUCAUCCUGGUGGGCUUUUCAGACAAACUCCGGCUGAUGAACCUGCUCAUCGACGACAUCCGCACCAUCAAGGAGUUCACUGUGCGCUGCUGCAGAGAGUGCGCUUUCAGCCACGGUGGCCACAUGUUUGCGGCCGACAACGGAAACGUCAUCCACCUCUACUCCGUCACCUCUUUUGAGAACAUCCUCAAUCUGAAGGGCCACAACGGGAAGGUGCGAGGCAUUGAAUGGAGCCUGGACGACACACGGCUGGUGUCAUGCGGGAUGGAUGGCGCCGUGUACGAGUGGAACACACAGACGGGUAAGCGUGAGUCUGAGAGCGUCCUCAAGUCCUGCAGCUACACGGACGUGGCCUUCUCCUCAGACUGCAGGACCAUGCUGGCCGUGGGAACGGACCUCACCCUGAAGGAGAUCCAAGACUGUCAGGUCCUGAGGGAGGUUCCGGCCAAUGGCGUAGCUCACACCGCUGUGGCGGUGUCUCACUCGGGCAGGGUGGUCUUCACCGGGACUUCCAGUGGGACCGUCAGAGCUAUUAAAUACCCGCUACCGAUCCAGAAGGAAUGGAUCACGUACCAGGCUCACUGCGGCCCCGUCACCAAGAUGGUGACCACGUUCGACGACCAGUUCCUGCUGACAGUGUCAGAAGAUGGCUGCCUGUUGAUGUGGAAGGUCAUCGACAAGGAGGGCCGAGGACUGAAGAGCAACAGGCAGAUCAUCCACACUGAGGAGAUCCUCAUCACCAAGUCAGACCUGGAGGAGAAGACCCAGAACAUGCUGGAGCUAAAGAUGCGUCUGAACGAGCUGCAGAUGGAGAACGAGUACCAGCUCCGCCUGAAGGACAUGAACUACAAGGAGAAGAUGAAGGAGCUUUCUGACAAGUUCACCCAGCAAAUAGAAUCUCUGAACACAAUGCUACAGGCCAUGAAGGCAGAGAUGGACAAGCAGGCACACAAGCACCAGGAGAGUUCUGCAGAGGCCACUGUGAAACACUCAAUGGAGCUGAAAGAUUUAGAGGUAUCCUACAGCCAGAAGCUCAUUGUAGAGUACGAGAGGAACCAGGAUCUUCAGCAUGAAAGUCAAAGGAUGCAGGAAGAGUAUGAGAAGCAGCUGAGGGCUGCGGAGGAGAGCAAAAUCCAAUCCCUCGAGCAGCUGACACAGCUCUCCGAGGCCAAGCUGCAGGAGAAGACUCAGCUCCUGGGUCAGUGUCAGGAUGAUGCACAGCAGCAGGUCCGUGAGUUCAAAGAGAUGAUGAGGCAAGUAGAGGAGGACGAGGAGAGCAAGAUCCAUGACAUCCAAAUCCACUAUGAGCAGAAACUGCACACCGAGAAGGAGACCAACACCAAUCUGAAAGGAGAAACUGGUGUCAUGACUCAAAAGUUCCACAGUCUGCAGAGACAGGUCGAUGACCGGUGCACAGAUAUAAAGCAGCUGAAGCAGGAGCGACAGAGGCUGCUGGGUCUGGUCCGCUCCCUGGAGAGCGACAUCGAGGACCUGAAGCGGCAGAUCUCUGGACACGAGAAGACCAACCAGGACAAGGAUCAGACCAUCUCCACCUCCAAGAAGAAGAACCAGGAACUGGAGAAGUUGAAGUUUGUUCUCGAUUUCCAGUUCAGCGAGUUGAAGAAACAGACUGAGCCUCAACAAGAUCAAAUCAAUGAGAAGAAGGAGCACAUCCAUCAGCUGGAGGAGCAGCUGCUGCUAACGGACAAGAGCAACACUCAGCUGACGCUCAGCGUCUCUGAGCUGGGGCUCAGACUGAGGACCAGGAAUCAGGAGAUGCAUAAGGAGAUGCUGAAAGUGAAGGAUCUGGAGACGCAUCUUCAGCGGCUCAAGUCAGACCUCCACGAGUGUGUCAGCUUCAUCCAGGACCCCAGGAAGCUGAAGGAGAGCGUGCAGACGAUCUACACCCGCUACGUACCGCAGACCGACGAGGUGAAGAAAAGCAGCGAUGACGAAGACGUUCAGAGAACGGUCGUUCGUGAUCACCAGGUCGUGAUCACUCGUCUCAGGACGAGGCUGGCCAGAUCUGCUGAGGAGCACGAGAGAGCCUACGUCAAGAUCAUGAGGGAGAAAGGGACUCUGAUUACUGAAAUCAACGAGCUGCGCAAGGAGCUGCACAUGGCGAGGACUCAGCUCAGAGACCAGACGGCUCAGCUGGCCGCCCUCGACAGGUCCGACAGGUUUUUAUAAAAGUCCACCAUGAGGACUUUUAUAAAACACUUCCUGUUUUGGCUGAGAACUCCUGAAACAUGAGGUCUCAAAUCACACCUAGUUUUUCAUGGAUUCCUUCAUUAAUAAUGAAUCUAACCAAAACAGAGUUUCUGCAAUUUGAAAUGGUUAAUAUUCCAUCAGCUGUGUCUUUACUUCACCAGAAAGAUGAAUGUUGAAUCAAUUUAUACACAGCUUAUUCAUAUUUACAACUAUUGGAAAAUAAAGACUUGACAUGUCUCUGAUCAUCAUUGUGAAUUUGUAUUUGGUCUCACACU